GAUGAUACUAAGUUCACAAGAUCGGUUAAAGUCCUUUCAGCGACGUCUGCGUGAAUCACUGCUCUCCCAGUUCACGCUCAUCUAGAUAGUUACAGAUCAAAAGGACAGCAUGGCCACCACUGUUGCUGUUAGUCCCAGUGAAUACCUCCAGCCUACUACCUCCACCUCUCAAGAUUCUCAGCCUUCACCUUUGGCUCUCUUGGCUGCCACUUGCAGUAAGAUCGGCCCACCUGCUGCCCAGGCACCAGUCAGUGUUCCACCAGCCCAGCCUACAACUCGCCGCUUGCACCCAAUCAAGCCUGCUCCCAUUGCUCCAGCCCCACCCAAAAAUCUCGGCUUCCUCUCUGCUAAGGGAAAUGUAAUCCAGCUACCUGCAGGGUUAGGUUCUUCAGGAACUAGCCCCAUCCUCCUCACUAUCCAGACCCCGGCACGUCCAGCAGGCACAACAACUGCAAACAUCCAGUACCAGGUGGUGCCCCAGAUCCAGGGAGCCCAGACAAUUCAAAUGGUGCCCCAGGGUGGACAGAUCCAGAUCAUCCCUGGAACCAACCAAGCUAUUAUCACAUCACCUGUCACAGUACAGGCUGCCACACCCACUCCUACAUCCAUGGCAACAGUACCUGCCACGCAGAAGACAGUGCCCAUUAAGCCGUCAACACAAAAGCGACGGCAGAAUAAUGUUAACGUGACCCUUAACGCUAACGUUGUGCGGCUGCCUAGUGGACUCACGCUGCCACUCAAUGUUGCUACGGGUGAAGUGGGUGGAGCUCAGAUCGUUACAGAAUCAGCGGCUGCCACAUCUCGCCCAGUGAAGGGAAAGAGGGGGCGGAAGAGACAGGUUGCUGUAGCUCCACCCACCCCUGCUCCACCUCCAGCCUCACCACCACCUAUUGCAGAACAGGUGGAGACGGUGCUAAUAGAAACCACAGCUGACAAUAUCAUUCAGGCAGGGAACAACCUCCUGAUUGUGCAAAGUCCAGGGGGGAGCCAGCCUGCUGUGGUACAGCAGGUGCAAUUGGUUCAGCAGAAAUCCGAUCAGCAGGUGGUGCAGAUACCCCCCCAGGCACUCAAAGUGGUACAGGCUGCAUCUGCAACACUUCCCCCAGUGCCCCAGAGACAACCAGCCACCCCGAGUGUGCAAAUGACCCCCACUGAACCCACACAGGUGCUGAUUAAGACAGCAUCGGGUGAGUGGCAGGCUGUGCAACUGCAGGAGACGAUAGUUGCUGCUCCACACACGCCUGCUGCCACCACCCCUACCCCGCCAGCCGUGGUCAGCAAGAAAGCCCAACCAGGUGCCCGGAAAGAGCGGACCCUUGCGAAGAUAGCCCCUGCUGGUGGGGGGUUAAUAACGCUGAACGCAGCUCAGCUUACUUCAGCAGCUCAGGCUGUCCAGACCAUCAAUAUCAAUGGCGUUCAAGUUCAAGGAGUACCAGUCACCAUCACCAAUGCUGGGGGCCAGCAGCACCUGACGGUGCAGACGGUUCCGGGUGGAGCUCUUCAGCUGGGCAGCGUGCAGACGCAGACACAACCACUGAAGGUGGAGCAGACGCUGGCGCUUGAGCUUCAGAGCCAACCGGGUGAGAAGAAGCGGCGCAUGGCCUGCACCUGCCCCAACUGCAAGGAUGCUGAGAAAAGGCCAGGCGAGGUGGGGAAGCGGAAGCACAUCUGCCACAUAGCAGGCUGCGAGAAGACCUUCCGGAAGACGUCUCUGCUGCGAGCACAUGUGCGUCUGCACACGGGCGAAAGGCCCUUUGCCUGCAGCUGGGUUUUCUGCGGGAAGCGUUUCACGCGCAGUGAUGAACUGCAGCGACAUGCCAGGACGCAUACAGGAGACAAGCGCUUUGAGUGUUCAAAGUGUCAGAAACGUUUCAUGCGGAGUGACCAUCUCACAAAGCAUUACAAAACACACAUCAACACCAAGAACUUGUGAACAUUUGCUUUAAAAAGGUUUUUAGAACUCUUGAGGAAAAAACUUUCCUGCGGAGAAGAGCAGUAAGGGGGCGCUUUUCUUUUUAAUGGGACAGCCCUCUCCCCCAGGUUACACACACUGUGUGUUCUAAACCAGGCCUUGUGGAGGCCCUUUGGUCAAGCAUGCCUAAACUCCUGUUGUCUCCUUUUCAACUCAUCACAUUUGUCAGAGGAGAGCUGGCACUCUACAUGCACCAGUACAUAACAUGGACAUAACAGGUGUGUGUGUGUGUGUGUGUGUGUGUGUGUGUGUGUGUGAGACAAAAGUGAGUGGAGGAGGUAUCUCAGACAUUUAUUGCAGCACCAACAAAUACUCCAGCAAAAAAAGCUCUGAAUUUGUGCAUAUAAUUAAUUUUAAGAUCUUUUUGUUUUGUUUUUUGAGCCUUUUGACUGGUGUGUAGCAGCUCAUGGAUGGCUUUUAUUGUGUUCUCUUGCAUACAAACAUACAUACAAAAAUACUCUGGCUAGUUUGAAUAUAAAAAUGCUUGGACUUGCUCUAUACCCCAAACAAGAUUCAUUUAAGAAUCUUAAGUCAAAAAAAUUUAAACUGUCUGACUUUACUAGGUUAACAUUUAUAACAUUUAUCAGAUGUUUCAAAUGAAAAUUUUUUGCUGAGACUGGACAAUCAUGUCAUUUAUAGUAAAACAGACUAGGCAGAUUUGAAAUCAAUUGAUGACUGCAAGUUUAGGAACUAUGGACAUUUAAACCUGCAUGUCCAUACACAAAUAAUGGUUGUAUCGAAGAAAUAUCAAUAAUUUUGUCAUGAAAGCAUUUAGAUGGUAAUUUAUGAGUCAGUUGAAGAAGCUUAUAUUCAAGUGGCAACCUGGGAGAUUACUUUUUCUUUUUUUUUUUUUAUCUCCAAGAGAAAUAUGGACUCCAAUUACAAACAUCAAAAGGAUGCCAGUAAAAAAGAGGGGUGGAAUUUGUGUUCGUUACAAACAGUUGCUCAUUUUGAGACAGCCAAGCAUUUUAGAAUUUAUUCUAAAUAAGCUAAUAAAAUCUGUCUGGUCCACAAAAGUGCUAUAAGGGGGAAAUGCCAGCAUAAAUAUGUUUGUAUGUUCUGUUUAAAUAUUUAAAUGUAUCCUAGAGAUCACAAAAUGUAGGUUAUUUGUUACACAAGCAAGUGUAUUGGCUAAUCUUUCCAGACUUGAAGGAUGAGAACUGUGUAUAGUGUAAAUGAGGAAAAAUCUUUGUAUAGUUUCAUUCCUGUAAUACACAAACCUAUUAGAUGAACCUUUUUAUGAACUUAAUGUUGCCUUAGACAGCUGCACCCCUUAUUUAAAGACAUUUCUGUCUGAUUACAUGGAACUGCAUUCAUAGAACUGCUUUAUCUUUUGUCUAACUUAUAUUAAAUGCCAAUUUUAUGUGCACUGACCAAAUUCAGGGUUUUGAGUGGUUAGUAUGUCAUUCAUACACCAUGAUUGGUUAAAUUUGUCAGAACUGAAAAGAAAAAAUAGCCCUUUUUUUAUCUUUCCUAGAUAAAUCCCACACCUACAAAUCCCUGUCUAAAAGCUGAUGAUAGAUAAUUGUGUGUUUGUAUAACUUGUACUGAGGUGCUUAAACAACAGAGCUUGCUACUUUUUCUACAGUCAACCCAUCUCUCCCAGAUUGACAAAAUAAAGCAUUCAACUCAC